AUGAAAACUCCUGGUGAGUCAAUGGCUUCUAUAGAUAUGAAUAUGAAUGAAAUUCUACCCGGUCUUGAAUCGUUUCUUCGUUCAAUGUUACAUAAUAAACAUUUGGAUAAAGAUCAUCGUCAAGUAGCGACGAUGUAUAUUGAUAAAUUAGAUCGUCUAAUUAAAAAUACUAAAGCAUCUCAGCAGUUCUCAUCGAAUAAUGAAAAUAAUAAACAACGAGAUGAAGAACAACAAAAUAAAUUACUUGAUGAUUUAAAACAACAACUCAGUUGUUAUAAUGAUCAAACGGCGAGUGAACAAAAAACAUUGAAUUUGAAUACGACGAAUAGAUAUAACAUCUUAUCACAUCAUCAAGAUGGUCAACCAGAAGAAAUUGUAUUUGACGAUGACAGCGAUGAUUUUACAGAUGAAGAAGAAGAAGAAGAACAGAGACAACAACAACUAAAACAGCAGCAAAACAAAAGUCAAAAUGGAUAUAGUGAAUUAAAUGAGAAAGAUGAAUCGAAACAAUCAGAAAAAAUCAUCGCAUCAACACCAAUAAUGACUAGACAUGCUUUAAAUAAUCAUAUUUAUGAUAGUCGUACCAGUAUCAGCAAUAAGAGUAAUCACAGUAGUCACAGUCAAUGGUACAUCGAUACACCGAAAAAUGGUUAUCUAGAAGCAUUAAAACCUAUUAAUAAUAAUAAUAAUAAUAAUGAUGAUUUAUCACAUGUUAGUAAAGAUGAUAUUUCAAGUAUUCCGAAUACGCCUCGUUUAUCAACGUCAACUUCACCCUCUAUAAUCGCUGAUGGUUUACUACUAACCUAUGAAAAUCAAAAAUGGAUUUGGAGAUAUUAUGUACUCGACGAUUAUGAUUUAAUUUGUUUUACAACAGACAAAAAGACAAAUGAUACACCAUUAUGGGUUACAGAUAUUACUGGAGCAAAAGUUCAAACAACAAUAAUUGAUAAGACAGAAUGUUUAUGUUUACAAAUUGGACUAUCAGAAGCAAUUUAUGUGAAACCACUCGAUCAAAGUCAACUGCCUAUUUGGCUCAAGGCAUUUCGUGAUGCUUCCAUCGCUCAAACAUUGAAAGAUAACGUAAAUUCAUUUGAUCGUCAUAAAGGUCGUAAUAAUAGUGUUAAAAGUUUAUCGAAAAAUGCUCGACGAAUGUUUCAACAAUUUAAUCGUAAAAAGGGUCAAAUUGUAUCACAAUUGCUCGAUCAAGUAGCAAAUGUUGCCGGCGUCGAUGAUAAAACAAGAAAACAUUGCGAACUGAGAGGUUUUCUCGUUAUAUCAUGUGAUAAUAUUCAAUUUCUGACGAAAUACUGUACAAUUGUUGAUGGAUUAUUUUGUGUUCAUAAAUCUCGUCUAUCAGAUCAAUGUGAUUACAAAUUAUGUUUACAACAAUGUACAUUGACAUUUCCCGAGGAGAAAACGCGCGACAUUCAAUUUGCACUCAUAGAUCAUUCGUCAAAUCAACAACAACAGCAACAAUUAUUUAUUCGAGGAAAUAAUAUUUAUUCUAUGGGAAGAUUAUUGAACACUCUGGCCAAGUAUGUUGAAAUAGUGGGAAGUUCUCAAUCAAUAUUUUCACAGCAAACAACACCGAUCAUAACCAAACAUCGAGUUAUUAAUGGUAUACCGUAUUCAUCUGAACCACAUAUUUAUUCAGAUGUUGAUUCGUCAUCAAGAACAGAGAGAGCUGAUACAAUUUCAGUUGUACCAUCAAUUAUGGAAUCACAAUCAAUUACAAAUAUUAGAGAUCAAAAGAUAUAUUCUCCAAGUAGUAUCAAAUCAUUACCUGUUGGAAAAUUUAAUAAUGGUAAUGAACGUGACUACGAAGAUCAAUCAUUGAAUAGUAAUAGCCAAAUAUCUCCGUUAAAAAAGAAAACGAUUUAUCGUAAUGCCUCUAAAUUAUACGGUGUCGUCGACGAUGAUAACGAUACACCAGUCUUCUUAUUACCAGUAAGAAGACAUUCAAAUGAUACAAUAUUAAAUAGAAAUGAAAAUACAACAAAUCGUCCUAAACAACAAAAACUCGCCAAUAAUGAAAAUUACGAUAAACCAAAAUCGUAUGAUAACAUUCCUGAACAGUUUGUUCAGACACCGAAAGGAACAUUAUAUGAUCAUAAUAAUAAUCAGCUCAAUAAGAAGAAAAACGUUGAACAACAAAGAGUAAAUAAUAGUAUGACUGAAUUACCAUUGAAUACUUCCAAUGUUAAUCAUCAAAAAGUACGAACUAAAUCACCAUCCAAACAAACUGAUCAUCAACACUCGGAUUCCAUCUCGGAUAGUGUUUCAUCAUCGCCAGAUAAUUCUGUAUUUUGUCUACGCACAGAGUCGUCUCAUCGUCAUUCACGUCGUCACCAUCACAACAACAACAGUAACAAUAAUGAUCAGCAUUCACAUACAGAAAAUCGAUCUGUUUCAUCUGCAGCACCCAUCCGUAAUCGCAAACCAAAUGAAAUAAAAUCACCUACAUCUCCUCCAUCUUCUGACUAUGUAGCACGUUUGGCUCAUUUACUGUCUCGAAGCUUCUCAUUACCGUUCAAUUCACCAGUCAUUCAACAAAAGUCAGAGAAUAAUCAACAGCAACAGGUCUAUAACAGAUUAAAUGAAAAAGACAUAAGUACACAGACAUAUUCAACGUAUCUAGAUAGUCAACAGCAGCAGCAAUCUCCGCCAAAAAAUGUUAAACAAACAAGUUUUAGAGCGAAUAAUCAAAAUCAUAAUCAAGCGAAUCCUUAUCAUACUCGUUUAUCAAGAAAUCACCAUCUGACUCCAGCUGAUAUUAGUUUACCAUUACCGCAAAACAAUGAUGAAAAUUACUUUACGUCACAUUUUCAAAUACCAACCGUUACAAAACAAAAUGGGUGGCCAGAGACUGGCAAUAAUGAUACAAUGAAUAUCGAUCGAAAUUAUCCGUUAUCGUCGUCCAAUCUAAAAUCGCAACGGGUUUAUGAUAUUCCAAUAACAAUUGAACGAAAACGUCAGCCAUCGAAUGAUGUUUUAUCAGACGGAAAUUCCUCGUCUUCUCAUAGACCUCCAAAAUUUGUUUUAUCAUCAUUUGAACAAUAUUCAACACCUUCAUCAAUAAUAUCUAGUACUCGUACUAUGGAGCCAAUAUUUCAGAAUAAUCGUACACUACUGCAAGAUGUUCAGGAUGAAAUCAAUCGAAAAAAAAGAGAAGAAGAAGAAGAAAAUCCUUAUGAAAAUCGUUAUGAUAAUUGUCGAAAGGAUCCAAUUACUCCACCAGAUGAGUCACAUCACUAUCGUCGACCAUCACCUCCUGGUAUGGCAAAAUUUCGUUUUGUCAUUCCAUUUAAUCAUAGUCCAACGUCACCAUUUGGAACAAUAACAACAACAACGAACAAAACUCCAUCACAGAACAUAACUAAUUUUUCUAAAAGUAAUUCUUCAUCACCCUGUUCGACUUCUUCUUACCAUUCCUCAUCAACAGUGUGUGAUAACGGAUCAUUAUCUGCUUCAAUGAGUACAACAGAAUCAAAUUCUGCAUGCUCUAAUUAUUUAAACAACAAUAACAGUAACAUUAAUAAUAACAGUCACAGUGGUUGGUCACUACAUAAAGCAAAACAAAUUCAAAUGAAAAACUAUUCUUCUGCUUCAACUAAUGCAUUUGUUGCUUCAACUAACAAUUAUAACAAUUUUAAUCAGGUGACAAAUGGAAGUAGUAAUACAGAAACGGAAGUUUGA